AUCCCUAUCCCUAUCCCUAUCCCUAUCCCUAUCCCUAUCCUAUGAAGGAUUGUUGCCUGUACAAAUGGGAAGAAGUGCUUUUUAGGCAGCGUGGGGUUUGGCUGCUGGAUUGGCAGGGCGGAGCUCGGUAAGAGCCGGUAGUGGGGCGGAGUGAAAGCAUGUCAGUUGGAAGACGCCAAUGUCCGGGUGGUUUAGAAGAAAAUGCGGCUAUGCCCGGCGUGCCUCUUGGUCCUGGGGGCGGCGCUGGGGGUUUCUGUGCCGGGGGGCUGUUGCGGCUCACACUCUCUGCAUUAUUUCUACCUGCGACUACUAGAGCCCAGCCAGGAGCUCCCUCCGUCCUUCAUUAGGGGCUACCUGAAUGACCAGCCCAUCAGUUGCUAUGACAGUCUUGCCAGGAGAGGGGAAUCUCUGGUAUCCUGGAUGGAGGAAGUGGAGAAGGAGACCUUUCUGUCCCUUGACUGGGUCUUCAGGAGUGAGCUGGAGAAGUUGUCAAGACUCAACCACCCAACAAACGGGCUUCAUACCUGGCAGGUGAUUUUGGGCUGUGAGCUCCGGGAAGAUGGGAACAAAGGUGGAGUUUUCCGCUAUGGCUACAAUGGGGUGAACUUCAUCAGCUUUCAGAAGGAGACCCUCACCUGGGUGGCAGCUCAGCCCCAGGCCAGGAAGGUCAAGGAGAAGUGGGAGGAGGAUCCAGGGUGGUCCCAGGAAAAUAAAGUCUACCUGGAGAAGACCUGCAUUGUGUGGCUGCAGAGAUACCUGUCCUACAGAAAGAAGGCUCUGAGGAAGGCAGAACCCCCAGUGGGGAAGGUGACUCACAAACUGGUUGAUAACAGCCUGGAGGUCCUCAUCUGCCAGGCCUAUGGCUUCUAUCCCAAGGAGAUCCAGGCCAUCUGGACCAGGGAUGGAGAGAACUGGGAACAAGAGACCUUCCGUAGAACUGUGGCCCCCAACUCAGAUGGGACUUAUUAUGUCUGGAUCAGCAUUGAGAUCGAUCCCAAGGAGAGGGAUCGUUUUAGCUGUCACCUGGAACAUGAUGCCUUGCAGGAGCCACUGGUCUUGGCCUGCCAGGAGGAAACAGCUACAGGGUGGCUGAUUCCGGUGGGAAUUGUAGCAGUCUUAAUCUUGGGAGCUGUGAUUCUCUUCCUGAGAUACUGGAGACGUAGGACAAUUCUCUAUCAGGAAGCAAUGGCUUUGCAAGGCGACUUUCCUUUAGAGAGAGUUUGUUUUUUCUCUGCUGACACACGCGAUAAUGAGAUUCAAUCAGAACCGAUGCUCCAAUCUGAAGUAACCACGGAGGACGGGACAUCCAAUGAAUGGUUGAGGCGCCAGUGGUUAGCAUUGCGCAAGCGAGAAGGGAAGGAACAGGGGCCCAAAAAGUCUUCGUCAUGGGCUGGGGAGUCGGAGACCCUGGAUAGUGAAGUGUCAAGAUUGAAUCAGCUAUCAUGGCCCAAAAAAGAGUAAUAAGUGGUCCUGGAUGCAUUCUGAAAGAUAAACAGAGCAUGGCUACCUCUGAUGAAGGAAGAGGGCUAGCAACUUCAAUCAGCCUCCAGCCUGCUUCUUCUUCAUAUUUGUAGCCAAGCCUUGGAAAGGAAAGAGAUCCAGGAAACCUUCCCCUUCCCCACCUUUUUCCCUCCUCUUGAAAUGUUUACAUUGUCAGUAUUUGGUGCUGAUGCUGCUCUUGAGAGUGGGUGGAAGAGAGAGGUCAAAAGGAGAGAGAUGCGAGUGGGUAAUGUAGCAUGCCAGGUGCAAUAGAAGGAACCGAGGAAGGUGGAGACACUCAGGUUGGCUCAGAAGAGGAAUUCCGAUGCUAAGAGUGGAGAGACACUUGAACUCUGCUGGUGCUGCGCCUUAAAAGGUCUCCUCUAUCCCUCUGGGGACCCGGCACUCUUUAUGUAGGACUCCACAUAAUGACCAACAUGAUCAUUUAACAACCUCAACUGGGAGAGCUGGAUUGUUGUCAUUGAAUGAAGGAUUCUGUUACGAUAUUGAAUUUAGUAGCUGGAACAGUAAAGUGUACAAUAGGCCAGAACCUCUUCAGAGCUGAAGUUCAAGAAAGUCCAGUUGCAUCUUGAAAAAGCGCCUUUGGGACAACCAUGACCUGGAUGAUUGAGAAUCUUCAUAGACAAUAGUCCAGAACACGCGAUUUUAGUUGAUUAAUUAGCGGGUGCUGACUCAUGCAUGAGGCAAUCAAUGCUGUAAUUGGUUGUUGUGGAUGUAUUUGUUUGCUUGAUUAUCCAUAGUAUUCUCAGACGACUUAUCCAACCUCAAAGUUCAAAAGCUUCCCUAUAGUAAGUACCCUUCCUAUACAAAGUUCCUCUCAAAAUGAAAGAAACUUGGAAUUCAAGAGUGUAAUUCUCAGGGCUUGCUUUAGGUCAGAAUCAAUCCACAUGUGUUUCUCAUACAUCAGUCAAGAGUGACAUGAAAUACCUCUCAGGCUUCUUGUUAUUAGCCUCAAAGCUGAGAGAUGGUCAUUUUGAAAAGACAAUCUGUGGGACUCCAUUGCCCCAUUUUUGAGGAUUCUUAAGACCAAGAGAGGAAGUGAGGUGACUGGAGAAGAUGUUCCCAUGGUGUCCUUUUUGUUGUUGUUACUGUUAUAGUUACAACUCUAAGUCACACCCUUGGCACAUCCCAGAUGGAUUGCUGUAAUGGGCUCUACAUGAGGGUUCCUUUGAAGGGUAUCCAGCAAUUUCAUCUAAUGUAAAAUGUAGUGACACAAGCACUUGUGUAUGCAUCUGGAUCAGUAUAUUACACCUCUGCUUUUUGAGCCACGUACCUUAUCAGUUAGCUUCCAGGUUGAAUUCAAGGUAUUAAUAAUGACCUAUAAAGCCUUCCAUUGCAGGGUUGGAUUAUUUGAGGAACUACCAUAUUUCCCUGAAAAUAAGACAGGGUCUUAUUUUCUUUUGACCCCUGAAAUAAGAGCUU